AUGAUGUGGAGUUACUGCCGGGAGUCAGUCCUCAGUUAUUUAGAGCAGGCUGCGUUGGAUUUAGACCUCAUCAUCUCUGUUCAUCCACUGAUUCACCACGUGGUGAUUGAAGGACUGGAAGAACUUGCUCGAGGUUCCCAACCACCCGCAAGCCGCCAGGACUUGUGCCUGCCGGUUGUCACAGUUGUGACAGACUUGGGAUCUGCGCAUCUAUCCUGGUUUGACCCGCGCGCCGACAUGUUGUUUGUCCCGAGUCAGGAAAUUUACCAAGCCGCCAUCAAACGAGGAGUGCCGAGGAGGAAGAUCCACUUGUGUGGCCUUCCGCUGAGGGAAGGCUUUUGGUGUGCCGAUCCUGUGUCUCCUGACCAAAAGCGCCAGCUGCAGGCUCAGUUGGGACUUCGACCCACUGAACGGCCUGAGGUUGUGCUUCUCAUGGGAGGUGGUGAGGGCUUCGGGAAGCUCUUGGAUGUAGCCUGCGCCAUCGGCGACACGUUGAUCGGCCUUGGUUAUGGACAGCUUGUGGUUGUUUGUGGUCGGAACGAAGAGGUCCGGAAAGCCCUGGUGGAGCGGCGCUGGACGCCCCGUGGCUUUGGGGAAUGGCUUUUCGAACCCUUGAUUCUGGGUUUCGUCACAAACGUGGAUCAGUACAUGACAGCUGCGGACUGUCUGGUGACGAAGGCAGGACCCGGAUCCAUUGCCGAGAGCAUGAUCAAAGGUCUGCCAUGCCUUCUGACGGCUUUCGUGCCUGGCCAGGAGGAAGGCAAUAUCAGCUAUGUCACCGACAAUGGUGCGGGUGCCUACGUCUCGGAUGAGGAUCCACAUCUUGUGGCAUCCAAGAUUGAAGAGUGGUUGAAGGACCCGCCCACUUUGGAAAGGAUGUCCGAGAACGCGCGAAGAUUAGCGCAGCCUGAUGCUGCGCUGGAAAUUGCCCGGAGGAUGUGCGACAGCCUCCUUGAUCUCGGCGUGGAGCUUGAAGAGGUGCGUUCCGGAAAUUUCGGGACAACAUGGAGGAAUCAGCUGUUGCAUCGCAAGGACCUUUCCUUCACUGCUGCUGUCGGUAACCAGAGGGAGCACUUGCAAAGGAGCAGCGCCGCAAAUCAAGACAAAAAGCAACGGGUGAAGCUGCAACCAGCGAGGAGUGUGAUGCUUCCCCUUGAAAAAAGUCCAGCGAGCACUUCGAAAGGGUAA